AUGAAUGACUGUUCUUUGAUUGUCUCGCGGGUCACUGAGACGGAUUCAAAACAGCAUACGUUAUCUCCUACUUGUACAGGUGCUUCGGUUUUAGGAAUCAAGUAUGCGGAUGGAGUGAUCAUUGCUGCGGAUACGCUGGUUUCUUAUGGGUCACUUGCUCGGUACCUCGAUUUCGAGCGCGUCUCUGUGAUCAAUGAUAAUACGGUGAUGGCUUGCUCAGGUGACAUCGCUGAUUAUCAGCUACUGAAACGACGAAUCGAGGAACAAACACAUACAGAUGGUUUGUUAUCUGAUGGUUUCACCCUGAGAUGCCGUAUGAAUCCUUUAUGGAACACCUACAUCGUCGGUGGACGUGAAUCUAAUGGGAAGCCGUUUUUGGGCUACUGUGAUCUUCUUGGCGUAUCAUUCGCUGAUGAUUGUCUGGCAUCCGGGUUCGGGACGUACCUUGCCUUACCACUGCUCCGCCAGAGACUAGCAGAUCAGGCCGGUGGCGACCCCGAAAAAUUUACUCAAGAAAAUGCUAUGCAAGCUAUCGUGGAUGGCAUGCGCCAGCUUUACUAUCGUGAUUGUCGGUAG